UUUAUAAUUGGUGUAUAUUGGAAGAGCUACAGUGGGUGAUGUCAUAGCUAGAGUGGAGAGCUCUUCUUUUAUCAACAAAACCUCACUCUGAUAUAUCGCUCCCACACCCACAAACUUCACUCCACAGCCAUAAAAAAUACAUCAAAAUGGAGGAAAAUAAGUCCUGCUUCUCACAAAGGAGGUUUCAAAUUAUUAAAUCAUACCCCUUGGCCAGCAGGUGACCAACUGUCUAAAAAGGCAGAGAUUCCUCCCAUUGACCCUAAUGUAAUCUUUCUCCCAGAAAAUCCUGAUCAUUACUCAGGGUCAGACCUGUUUAACUCGCUCUUGUGGCCACAUUUUCUAGAGUACAGACAUGAAAAACACAUCAUUGUGUUCAUGAAGGGCGGAGGAUUCGUACAAUGUUCUUAUUUUCAUUCUGGGAUUUAAGAAAAACAUGUUAUGUGAAGAAGUUCAGAGGCCCUAAAUUCACUGCAGUUAGGCAGCCUCUUAUUCAAAACGUUGGUCAGUUGGUCCUUUGAUCUGUUUAGGAUGCAUUGAUAAACAGACACACACACACACACACACACACACACACACACACACACACACACACACACACACACACACACACACACACUGACAAUGUGUGUGCAUUAAUCAUUAAGGGAUCAAUUAUGGGAUGUAAUCAGGAUUUUGUUCAUUAAUUGUAUCAACGUGUUCAGCAGAAUCUUGCAGGUCCGUAUAAGCUCCUUAUUAUGAAUAUAGCAGUUACAGAAGAAAAGCAUUAGGACUUAGUUGGAGAGCUGUUUUCUCAGCUUCAAGCCUCCUUUCUCCUUCUGUAGUGAUGCUUCUACCUUCCCCAUGGCAACCGAUUAGAGCACCUGGAGACACACAGCUAAAUGGAAAGCUGCUUCUAACGGCCAUAUGAGACACAUGAAGCCAGGCUCAGUACACAGAGCACUGGGGAUAACAUUUAAUACCCUUCACUGAAGCACUUGACAAACUGCAGCCCCUCUCUCCUCCCACAAACUUCGAGCUACAGAAACCAUUCAGGGCUUUAAAAUUUCAGCUCAUUGAGGACAUGAUGGGGUGUUUUCAGGAUUUUUAUUCAUUUAAAUUUUCCCCAUUUUAAAAUCACUCAGUUGUAAUGCAUUGUUCAAUUCUUCAAACAAAUUAAACCUCAUUCAAACUGACUCAAACCUUUCUGAUACUUCAAAACUUUCUAAUACUUGAGGAUUUUCAAUUAUUUAAAGUUUCCCUGUUUUAAAUUAGUUUGAAUAUUCAUGCAUUGUUCUAUCCUUCAAACAAACUCCCACUUCUUCUACUACAACUACUGCUAAUAUCAAUUAAACUAGUACUUUGACUUCUACUUCAACUACUAUUGCUACUAUUUCUACUUUCUCUACUUCUUCUACUACCUCUACUACGAGCUCAACUACUUCAACUGCUUCUUCUAUUCUCAAACUACUUCUACUGCUUACAUGACUACUAAUAUCAUUACUAUGACUACUUAUCAUCCUACUACUGGAACUACAAUUUAAACUUAUGGCACUUCUCACUUACCUGCCUUUUAAGGUAAUUUCCUUCUUCAUUCAAACUUUGUGCAAUUUUAGAAAAUUUUCCAGCCUCUUUCAGCAUGAAUCAAAUUUCGAUUUAUGGAGCAUAUUCAUACUAUUUGUCCUCCAGCCAUUUUCACAAUUAUUUAACUUCUAUUUUUCUUUACUCCUUCAACAGCUUUUACAUUUAUACUGUUCUCCAUUUUUAAUUAACAGUUUAGCAUUGCUUUUUAAGCUUUCAGCACUCCAUGCAUUUUCUGCAAGGAAAUGCAAUAUUUCUAUUUUUUUUUAUUAUUAUAGACGCACAUUCUGCUAUUAAUGCAGCCCGAACGGUAAGGUGCAUCCAGGCAUGGCAUAUAUCAAAACGUGCGUCUUCAUUGUGCAACGGUGGGUAUUACUUUUCUCUAUCAGUUGACCAGUACAGUUUGACCACAGUAACUUUUUAAAUGAGGGGUGCAAACGAGAAUUUUCCUUUUUUUUAGACUGAUGACUUAUCAUUUUAGGGUGAAGAGAAACGAACGUGUUAUCCCAAUUUUUAAUUUCUAAAUCACUGCCACGGCUACAAUUUUCACUCGACACACACAUAUCAUACAUCAAAACAUAGGAAAUCUACAAGCCGGACAGAAAAUGUGGACCUUGAAGCCGUGAGAUGCUCACUUUUCAAGCUACGAGGUUUUGUUCAGGAGGAGGUACAUGUUUCAUCUCCAUCCCCCGCCAUUCAAAAAGAACACAAAUGCUCCACAUCCGAUUGUUGCUCAUUUUCUCCAAACAACUCGCUCUCCCGUCUGUAAAGCGUAGCGACUUGUCCUUCUGAUAUGUCAUAGUAGGAUUCGAGCAGUUGCUCAUGGUUCAGAGUUUUUUCUGAUACAACAUGUGGUUAGUCAGUAACAAGCCUUUUGUGGGCACUAGUGAGAUAUCGAGAUUCCUAUUCAAAGUGAAUGGAGCUGCUGCAAACACGGGGUGGUCUCCAUAUUUGAAGCUUGUUUGUGAUAUCAUACUUUAAAGUAGAAAUGUAAUUUGAACUCUGACCGUUAGAUGAGACCCUUACCCUUCAACCUGCGAAAACCACAUUUCAAUAUCUCUUACGGUUUUCCUACAAAGUGAGUUUGUUUUGGCCAGUCCUGUUCUAAGCAGGCAGAGGCUCAGUGAGGCUGUGUCACAGGUGAGCUGCAGGUGCACUGUCACCAUGGAGCAGUUUCCACUCAAAGUACAGGGCCCGCCCACCUGGUCUUGAUUGACUCCAGACACCACAACACAGAGACAGCCGGAUUGCCUUUAGUUUCAGGUCAGAUUCCUGACAAAGGCCCUAAAUCAUCAAGGCUUUGACAUAUCACCCAGCCUUUUCUCUCUGUUUUGAGCAACUUUUUAACCCAUUUUAACUGGUUUUAAACAACUUUUAAGGCUGCAUUUUAAGAGUUUGCUGACUUUUAAGUUGAACUUUUAUCAUUUAUGAGUUUUCAUUUUAUUUUAUUUUAUCUGUUGUAGCAGAGAGCAGGAGUGAAAGUUGCCACAAGCUGACACUUUUAUCUGGUUUUAAAAGGUUCUGAUCGCUUUUAAAAACUUUGUGCCCUGAGCAAAGGAUUACUUUGAUCUUUUUUGCUUUUACUGGACAAAAGGUUUUAGUCAUCAGACUCUGGAAAUUUUUACACUCUGGCUGAGUCAACUACAAGGCAACCAUGGAGGCUACCGCCAUAGAUGCUUCCUUACCUGCAGAAGUUGGUGAACAACUCAAAAGAGCCCAGAAAAAGAUUGCUGAUCUCCAUGAGGACAUUGGUCGGCUCUCAGACGAGCUGCUGAGGAAGGACUCACUCCUGGCCACCUUCAAAUCUCGGCUCCCGGCGUUGUCCAGCUGGUUGGAGAGCACACUGACCGGUGAGCUGCCACAGCAUAGCACUGCUGCUGCACUGAGGGAGGCACAAAGGGACCCCUGGUCCGGGGUCGCGGUCCACAGUCAGAAGAAGGCUCCUGGUGGGACUCCGUGCGGGGUUUCCUCCUCCGUCUCCAUCCCCCUCUCCAACAAAUAUUUGGCUUUAUCCAUGAGUGCGGAGCCACUGGUCAAGGGCCCUGCUGAUCCCGAGGCCUUCCCGAAGGAUGUUGCACCACCCCUGUCAGACAACACAGCCUUCCCUCCACUCGUGGCUGCCUGUGCCCCAGCGGAUCAACAUCCAGCACAGUGCCAUCCAGCACAGUGCCGUCCAGCACCGUGCCACUCGCCUCCGUCCCUCAACCAAGCGGAAGCGGAAGCGGCUCCUCAAGGACGUUGUGUGAUGGCACGUCCUCAUCAGGCGCCUGACAGAAAGGACAGGUCCACCGAGCAAGCCACCCCCCUCAGGCAACAGGCCACGACACUAGUCAUCGGGGACUCCAUCAUCCGGAACGUCCAUCUGAGGGGAGCGUUCACCCUGUCCUUUCCCGGCACCACUGUUGCAGACGUAACUGAGAAAAUCCUAAGCGUCCUGAAUUCUCAUCCACAGAUAAACAGGGUCGUCAUACAUGUGGGCACCAAUGACACCUACAGGCAACAGUCCGAGCUUUUAAAGCGUGAUUUCACGCAGCUUUUUAACAAACUCUCACAGCCCCAGCUGCGCGUUUUUAUCUCCGGCCCCACUCCAACCUGUGGCAGAGGCAUUGGGCACUUCAACAGGCUGCUCAGCCUGAACACCUGGCUCUCAUCAGCCUGCAGUACCUACAAUGUCUGUUUUGUUAAUAACCUUGAUGUUUUUUGGGAGAGGAGACAUCUUUUUGGAUCGGAUGGUCUUCAUCUUAAUAGAGCUGGUAUCCACAUGCUGGCGCCAACCUGACAUACGGUGUACAACAUGCUCAACUCUUACUUUCCUCCUAUCACCCCAAAUGUACACCGACUGACCUUUCCACCACUGAUUGAUGUCCCCCAGGUCCCAGUUCCUAUGAUUUUAAUUCCACUUCUGACACACACAAUACUGUACUUGGACUCUCUGUUUUCAUUAACCAUUCACCCAUUCCUGUUAUCAUCACACAGCGAGAAAAAAAAAGACUCUAUCAUGUUCACUCUGUAAACUUCAAUCACCACAGACCUCUUCCCAAAUAAUAACAGUCCAACCAUACAAUCUGUGAAUCAUCGGCCACCAUCAAUAUGGCACUUUUAAAUAUUUGCUCUCUUUUAAACGAAUCUUUUAUUGUCCAUGACCUGAUUUUAGACAACAAGAUUGAUUGUCUGUUUUUAACUGAAACGUGGCUGGGUACAGACGCGCCAGUUAUUCUCACUGAGGCCUCGCCACCUAAUUUUAACUUUACGUUCUCUCUUAGAAGUGGCAGGAAAGGUGGUGGUACUGCAUCAAUAAUCAAUAACACACUCAAGACCAAAGAAAUAUCAUUUGAUCAGUACACCACCUUUGAACAUCAUGCGGUUGUUUUUAACAGUCCCUCAAUUCUUGGUAUAACUGUUUACAGACCACCAAAACAUGAUGCUGCUUUUAUCAGUGAAUUUUCUGAAUUUUUAGCAAUAAUCCAUGCCACUUACAAUUUUAUUAUUAUAACUGGUGAUUUUAAUUUGCACAUCGACAAUCAAUCUAACUCCAUGGCAAAAGAGUUUCUAAACUUACUGAGUUGCUUAGAUUUUAAACAACAUGUUACACAGCCGACUCACAACGGAGGACACACUUUGGAUCUUGUCCUCAGCUAUGGCCUGUCAGCCAGUGUGUCUUCUGUUGUGGACCUAGCUGUGUCGAACCAUUAUUGUGUUUUUUAAUAUCACCAGUUUUACCUGCAUUCUGUGAUUUUAUUGUUCAACACUUUAGUUCAACAGGAAAAAUAAAAUCACAAUUAAUCUCCAAAUGUACUCUGAGCAACUGAAAAUCUACAAUAAUGCUCUCAGACAUGCCAGAUCCACCUAUUUCACGAACAUAAUCACAAGUCAUAAAAACAACCCUUAAAUCCUCUUUGCUACAAUUGAUCUUUUAAUCAACUCAGUUUUUAACAGAUAUCGAAUCACUCUUUCAGACACACUUUGUGAAGGUUUUGCAGACCACUUCAGGGGUACAAUUGAUUCUAAGCGAUUCUCUAUUUUAUCUGUUCAAAACACUGUUUCUAGACCAGUGGAAAGCUUGUUUUUACCUGAGGAAACACUGGACAGUUUUGCCCUGGUUGAUGCUGAGAUGCUUGGUAGAGUUUUCUCCCAAGUAAAACCAACAACCUGCCUUUUAGAUCCAACUCCCACAUCACUGUUCGAAAUGUUUUAUGGAUUCUUUGAAGGUGAGCUUUUAAAUAUAGUAAAUUGCGCUCUCUUUAGAUGGGCUCUUUCCCUGCUGCCCUUAAAACGGCAGUCAUGAGACCCCUUCUGAAGAAAAACAAUUUGGAUCCCAAUGUUCUUAAUAACUACAGACCAGUGUCCAACUUACCAUUUUCAAGCAAAACUUGUUUUUAUUCCAUUGAAUGAUUUUUUAAGUAACCAUUCUAUCCUGGAGAAAUUUCAAUCUGGAUUUAGGACAAACCACAGUACAGAGACUGCGCUACUGAAAAUUGUUAAUGAUCUUAGGUGCAACUCGGACUCAUACAAGCUUACAGUCCUUGUGCUACUGGAUCAGUAGCACAAGGGGGCAGGCACAUAUUACACCGGUUUUAAAAUCAUUGCAUUGGCUCCCUGUGUGCUUUAGGAUCAAUUUUAUGGUUCUUUUAAUGGUUUUUAAAUGUCUUAGGGGUCGUGGACCUUCUUAUCUUUCAGAAUUGCUUUUACAGUAUGAACCCUUGCAGACCCUGAGAUCCUCUGGCACUGGCCUUUUAAUAGUACCCAAAAGAAGAACACGAACUCACAGGUAUCUUUCCAGUGCUGUGGCCCCCGUCUUUGGAAUAGCCUGCCAGAAGACCUGAGGGCUGCAGAGAAUGUUCAUGUUUUUAAAAGCAGGCUCAAGACCCACAUAUUUAAUUUGGCUUUUAACUAAUGUCUUAUAUUUAAUCUAUAUUUUUAUCCUAUUUUUAUCUUAUUUUAUUUCAUUUAUAUAUUUUAGUCCUCAUUUUACAUGUUAUGUUUAUUGUAUUUAUUCACUUAUUUUUUAAUUAUAUUUUAGCUAUUUGUCAGUAUUUUAUCAUUUUAUCUAGUUUGAUGUUUUUAGCCAAUGUAGUUUAUGUUUUUAUCCGUUUCUCCAGUGUUUCCUCAGUGGAGGCCACCUGCACUGGGGGCUGUGACUGGGGUGGGGUCUCGGUGGGGGUGGGGGGAAGGAUAUGGGCAUUUCUUUUGUAUAAAAAGUGCUAUAUAAAUAAAGCCUGAUUUGAUUUGAUAUCAGCACCAUAUUUGACACGUCCCCUCGUGACCCCACUCUGAAGACAUGUCCCACCGGCAGCCAUCUUGGAUGUCCCCACCAUCCCCAAACAAGAAGUAGCCCUUAACGCAUUAAUGCCCUCAUGUAUCUCCACCAAAAACAUGACCUAAAUGUGAGUAAAUCAGUGGCAAGCAGCAGCAAAUUGGCAAGCGGGCAGGCACGUAUCAAAAUUUCCCUGGAAUUUUCUGGUUAUUAUUAUUAUCAAAACUCCAAGGAAAAGUCUGAGGAGCUGGACACACACCUCCACAUCCCUAACUUAAAACCCUGCCCAACCAUUUACUGCUAAAAACAGCAUUCCUUUAGCGAAAGGAUACAAAUGACUUACAAUGGCGUCUGAUGUAUUCAGUAAUGCAGUAAUCUACGAAUUUGUCUGAUCAUGAAACUUGUGUUAAAAUGAAAUGUGCUAUAUAUUUCAUUGUGCUCCAUAAGCUGAGAUCUCACUCUGACAGAAUAAAUCCUUCAGUCUUUAGUUUCUAUAGACCGACAGCUUUCAGGCUAUUUCAUGAACUUUUAAGAGAUAAAAUUAUUGAGUAUAAAUCAUAACCUCAUUUUAAGUAACAGGAACAGUUUAGAAAUGUUUAGCUUAGGUUCUAAUCAUUUGUUUAGCAUUUUAAUGAUUAGGUUGUUAUAAUGUCAUUGAAUAAUCAAAAUGCAACUAUAUAGAAUCCAUUAUCAAUCACAAUGUUUUUUUUUUUUUUUUUUUUUUUUUUUUAUUCCACAAUGAGUCAGAAGAUUCAUCUUUAUCAUUUUAUCUAGUGUUGAUGUUUUGUAGCCAAUGUUCUAUGUAUUACUUUCUGUUUAAUUUCAGAAAAAUCUAGCAGUGUCAGUGAAAAGAAGAGGUUACUGGGUGUUUGAUGUGUGUCCUCUUUUCUCUGAGGAUUUCUGUCUGUGGGAAACUGCUGGGGUCUUGUGGUGUGAUCAAAACUCUCAGAUACUCCCUCUGUCCUUCAAAGGAGAGCCAGCUCACUUUGUGUAUUGAUGGAAAUGCUAAGAUACCAGGAUUUUAGGCAACUCAUUGAUGGAAUCAGCAAGAAAGGGGUGCAAGGUUCUCUGCUGCAGAAGACAAAUAGAGAAUGCCAACUCACAGCAAUAAAGCUUGAAGUGCCACAUCAUGUCCAAUACCUUUCAGGACUAGUUCACAUCUUAUCCUUAAUAAGGCAAUUUCUUCGGACUUUAAAUACACAACUUCUUUGUGAUUUUGGGGGGAUCCUUUGAGGGUUAGAGGCCUUGGGUACCACUUUCAGAGGAAGUCAAACUGUGUGAGAUCCUGGUGCAUCCCAUUGUAUGCUUAUGAAGGCUGUCAAUUUAAUUUUUAAUUUCAUUCCCUAGUUUGUUUUUAAUCCCUCUGUGUCAUCCAAAUGAUUAAGCAUCCUGACUCAAUUAUAAUUUGCAUCCUUAAUCACAAUACCCCUCCCAAGUCUGACUCUAAUUUAUGCCACAUGUUCAAGUCUGAUCUUCACUACCUUUGGUAAUUCAAUUAGACAGGACAGGAAAUGACUAUUGCCACGCUAGGAUUUUUGUUACAUUGUAAUUCGGUGUUGGUUUGAAGCUGCAAUCAGGCAAACCCACUGUAGAACAGUUCUUAGCAUAUGCAGGUUCUAUUUUCAUUACAUGAAACUCAUUUCAUCUGAGCUUGUGAUUGCUUGAUUUGCAGACACGCAUUAAUCUAAUUGUACAGUUGUUUUAUAAGCUCUUUAAGUUUUUGUGACUGCUGUUUAAAUAACUGGGAGUGGAUCAAAGGUAAAAAGAAACAGGGUAUACAUCAAUAACAGACAGGCAAAGCUGCAGCAUACUAAUUUUUAUGUGCCACAUAAGAGAAGUGCAAGAGCCCACAAUGACAGCCCUCCCACAGAUGAUGAACCUGCCCCUUUUCCAGUCACCCUUUACAGCUUGGAUAACAAACUGGACUAAUAUAAGAACUCUGAAGUUGUCUACAAGAGGGGCCUUAGCCAUCUCUACUUCCUCAGGAGGCUGAGGUCCUUUUACAUCUAAAGGACCAUACUGAGGGUGUCCUAUGAGUCUGUGGUGGCCAGUGUGAUCCUAUUUGCCACUGUGUGCUCGGGAAGCAGACUGAGGGUAGCAGAUGUCGCCAACAGACUUGACAAACUCAUCCACAAGGUGAGUGACAUUGUAGGGUAGAGCUGGAUUCUUUGAUGGUGGUGACAGAGAGGAGGAUGUUUUUAAAGCUACAUGUAAUCUUGGACAGCAUCCACCACCGGCUCCUUAACGUGCUGGUUAAACACAGGAGCACAUCCAGUACUCAUUUGUCCUAAAUGUACCACAGAAUGUCACAGGAAGUCAUUCUUGCCUGUGACAAUCAAACUUUAUAACUCCUUCCUCUAAAUUUCACACACUGACUGUCCCUGGACUUAUCCUCAAGCUGUGAACCCUCCGUUGCUUAUAAUUACAUUUAACUGUGUAUUCUGUUUGAAAAGAGGUCAAACUUUAAUAAUCUAAGAGUGCAAUACUGAUAACAUUUUAAAUUAAAGGCAGGGUAGGCAGUGUUGUUUAGAGACACUUUUUGUCAUAGUGGAUGAAAUGGUCCUUCCACCCUGAGAGUAGUUAAUUCAUUAUGGGUUCAGAAAGAGAAAUGAAAAGAAUCCAAGAUCUGUGGCAGCUGCAGGACUGUAAGAAACUGGAUCGAUCAUUUUGUUCAGUCCAGAUGUAAAGAACCAAUCAGAUGCCUUUAAGUCUCGCCCUGCACCACCACACUCCCCUCUGCCCCCAACCCCACCCAUGGGCACACGCAUCAUUUCGUUGUUGCCGCAAAUAGCAAGCAUGCUCCUCUGCCUGAAUACCUUGUUAGCUGGAGGAUAUGUGACCAAAAAAUAAAUAACUCAGUACAACAGAUAUUUUAGACAGAGUAAUAUUUUCAUACCACACUCUCCUCUUCAUUCAAGGUACCGCAAGCUGUAUAAUAUAAAGUCCAGAGCAAGGAGUUUGAACACCAUAAAGGUCCUACACGAUGUACACCUGAGCAAGAGGACUUAUUGUUUGGAUAUCAUUUUUCCAAAAAAUUUUUGCUUUAUUUUAUCUUCUGUGGUCUUUUGUCUCACCCUGUAGAGAAAGCCACUUUCUAAUACUAGUUCUGUAAGUUUCCCAACGUGUCCCUUGUAAAGUCAAGAACGUCAUCACUCUGGACAGAUGAUAGAUGCAUAUAGCAUCGUUUCGUUCCUUUUUUAAGCACUUUUGAAGGCUGAUUUUUUUUUCUCCUGUUCCUUUCUUCCUCUUCGCUUGUCUCGCUGCUAGAUGCGCUCGUCGCCAUGUUUGUGUAUUUCUGAUACUAUGGCAACGAGACUCGGCUCCUAUUGGUCCACGUGACAAAAAUCGCUUCACCCCUCUGCAUAUUCGA